AUGGCAUACCCUGGAGCAGUGUGUCAGAGCUACCACCAGGACUGUGAGGAUGCUGUUAACAAGCAGAUCAACCUGGAGCUCCAUUCCUCUUAUGUUUACCUCUCCAUGUUUUCUUACUUUGACCGGGAUGAUGUUGCCCUGCGUCACUUUGCUGUGUUCUUCAAGGAGCAGUACCAUGAGGAGCGGGAACAUGCUGAGAAACUAAUGGCAUUCCAGAACAAACGCGGUGGCCAAGUCCUCCUGCAGGACAUCAAGAAGCCAGAGCAGGAUGAGUGGGGCAAUGGUCUGGAGGCAAUGCAGAGAGCUCUGCAGAUGGAGAAGGAUGUGAACCAGAGUCUGCUG